AUGGACAUGGAGUACUGCGCGGCGGCGGAGCAGCAGCUGUGCAGGCUUAGGCAGCACGUCCUGGUCGCGCCCUGCGCCUCGCCGGCGGCGAUGGCCGGCGCCCUGGAGGGCGUGGCGCGCGUGUACGAGCACGCCGAGCAGCUCGCGCGGUCCGCGCGCGCCGACCAGGUGGAGGGCGAGCUGGAGGCCUCCGUGGCGCUGCUCGACGCGUGCGCCGCGGCGCGGGACGCGCUCGGCGUCAUGCGCGGGUGCGCGCUCGAGGUCGAGGCGGCCGUGCGGCGCCGGGACGGCGCGGCGGCCGACCGCGCCGCGCGCGCGUACGCGCGCCUGGCGGAGCGGGCGUGCGCGGACGCCAGGAGGCAGCGCCGCCGGGCCGGCUUGAGGCCGUCCGAGCGGGCUGCGGGGGACGGCGUCCACGCGCUGCUGGAGGCGCGGCAGCUCACCGUGGCCGUGCUGGAGCGCGUCGUGACGGCGCUGUCCCGGCGUGUGGCCGCGGCAGGGCCCCGUCGGCCGGCGAACAGCUGGUCCACGUGCGUGGCGAGGGCGUUCCGGAAGAGCGCCCGGGUGGCGUGCGAGGACGCCGACGAGACCACCGCCUCCUUGCCGUCCAAGGACCCGCACGAUGGCGAGGCGGCGCUUCGGGUGCAGCGAGAGCUUCGGGCACUGGGCGACACGAUCCAGCAGCUGGAGGACGGACUGGAGCUGCUGUUCAGGCGGCUGGUGCAGUGCAGGGUGUUCUUGCUCAACAUGCGCAGCUGUUAG